ACUGUCUCUAUUGCUGAAAUUGUAAUUGAAGAUUUACGCUACUGCUGUCGCAUUUGCCUUGAGCAGCCGCAUCGUGCUCAGAUGCUAGAUAUGAAUCUCAUAUAUGAUGAGGAAGCUCAGCUUACAUAUUACGAUUGCUAUGAAAUAUGCACAAAGAAUAAUCUGCGAGAAUGCAGCGAGCAUGAGCCUCAUACAUUAUGCAAGCACUGCGGCGUAGAGCUACAAUGGGCCUAUGACUUCCAUAAAAAGGCUGCACAGGCCAACAAGCAGCUGCAAAAUAUGSAAUCUAUCGUACAUAGCGAGGAACAGAUCGAUGAAGCUGACAUARAUGAAUUGGUACAUGUAAUGCCUGUGGAAGAGGAUACCAUAAAUGAAGURGAACUGGAAGAGCCAGUAGAGCAAGMAAUCAGUGAAAUUGAUACUGUAGACUCUGCCCCAACGAUAGUUUGCACGAGUGUCAACGAUGUUGUACCSCGUCAACGUUAUUCGGGUCCUUUUAACUGUGAAUUCUGCCAGAAAGUCUUCCGGAAUCAUUCGCAUAUGUUGAAGCAUCAGCUGAUACAUCUCUCGGAUCGUCCGCACUUCCAGUGCAACGCCUGCGAUCGCUUUUAUCUCACCAAGCAGGCGCUAAAAGUUCAUGUGGACACACAGCACAAAAAGUCCGGCAGGAUGUGCGGUAUCUGUGGCAAAGUGUUCGCCAUAGCCAAAGGUCUUGAAAUACACAUGCGCUAUCACAAUGGCUUCUUUCCCUUCGAUUGCGAUCAAUGCGAUCGCAAGUUCGCGCAGCGCUCCCACCUGAAUAUCCAUCAGCAGGUGCGRCACAGCAGCGCACGUUUCCAGUGCGAGUUUGCCGGCUGUGGCAAACUAUUUACCUCGUCAUCGGCACUGCGUAAUCACGAGUGCACCCACACCGAAAUGCCCUUCGAGUGCAACGUCUGCCAGCAAGGAUUUCCGGCUCGUUACAAAUUGCGAUUGCACGCUCAACGCAAGCACAACAUGCAACUGACACUGGCGCAACUGGAGACCAUGCGCAAAUUUCAUAUAAUGCGCUCAAAGCGUGUUCUGGCCAAGCUCGAUGCAACACAGCAUCAG